UUACAUUCUUUUAAAUUAUUUUUCAGGUGUGGAAUAUCAAACAAAUGAUUAAGUUGACACAGGAACAUAUAGAGGCCCUAUUGGACAAAUUUGGUGGGGAGCAUAAUCCGCCAUCAAUAUAUCUAGAGGCCUAUGAAGAAUACACCAGCAAGCUAGAUGCCCUCCAACAGAGAGAACAACAGUUAUUGGAAUCCCUGGGGAAUGGAACUGAUUUUUCUGUUUCUAGCUCUGCAUCCACGGACACCGUUACAUCUUCCUCCUCUUCUAGCCUUUCAGUGCUACCUUCAUCUCUUUCAGUUUUUCAAAACCCCACAGAUGUAUCACGGAGCAAUCCCAAGUCACCACAGAAACCUAUCGUUAGAGUCUUCCUGCCUAAUAAACAGAGGACAGUGGUACCUGCAAGAUGUGGAGUUACAGUCCGGGACAGUCUAAAGAAAGCUCUGAUGAUGAGAGGUCUAAUCCCUGAGUGCUGUGCUGUUUACAGAAUUCAGGAUGGAGAGAAGAAACCAAUUGGCUGGGACACUGAUAUCUCCUGGCUCACCGGAGAAGAAUUGCAUGUAGAAGUGUUGGAAAAUGUUCCGCUUACAACUCACAACUUUGUACGGAAAACGUUUUUCACCUUAGCAUUUUGUGACUUUUGUCGAAAGCUGCUUUUCCAAGGUUUUCGCUGUCAAACGUGUGGUUAUAAAUUUCACCAGCGUUGUAGUACAGAGGUUCCACUGAUGUGUGUUAAUUAUGACCAACUUGAUUUGCUGUUUGUCUCCAAGUUCUUUGAACACCACCCAAUACCACAGGAGGAGGCCUCCAUAGCAGAGACUGCCCUAACGUCUGGAUCGUCCCCUUCUGCCCCCCCCUCCGAUUCUCCUGGGUAUGACUUGACUCCUGCUGUUCAAUAACAAUGCUACUUGAUCUGGUUUCUUUUGGAUCUUUUGGUUAAUUAUAAACCUUUCCAACACUUGGACUGUUAAAUUAAGGAUUUUUCUCCAAGUAACUUAUUUUAUCACAUCAGACAAAUGAAUGAUCACACAGGCAAAUGUACACAAUUUUAUCACAUCAGGCAAAUGCACAUGAAUUCGGUAAAGGUACGUGGGAUUAAAACUGACUUAGACUCUUUCAGGACCAGCCUGGGAAAAAAAUCAAGCAGCAGAUCAUUUAGAGUUCCUGCCUUGUGCUCAUCACUUUACUAGGUAAUAUCAAAUAUAGAAGUCUGUGAUUCCCAUUUAGAAAAGCAGCAUUAAACCAAUGAGACAAUGGCAAACAAUUUAAAAAUAGUCUGCAAUUUAUGACGUAAUAUUUUAAAUGAUGUGAGAAGGACAUAAAUAUUACCAUGUUUACCAUAGAAGAGAGAGUAGUGAGUAUAGGCAAGAACAUUGAGUGAAGAAAUGGGAUGUGGAUUCCAGAAUCUGGAUGAGCCCAGGGAAUAAAAAGCAUGGUGAUGGGUGGUGGGAUGGUAGAUUUGAGAGACCGUGAACAGAGGCUAAUCAAGUUGAUAAGUAACAUGCGUAAACCCAAAUAAUGAAGAGUGCUGAAAUUCAGACUAGAAGUUAGGCUUAAGACUUAACACAAGAGGGGGGAAAGGUAGUUUUCGAGCAGAGAACUGGCUGGUCAAAAUGAUUUUAGGGAAAGGAUCACCACGUAGCAAGGAGAGAUAGGUCGAUGGAGAAAUGUCUAGGGUGAAGAAGGCCAACUCAGGUGCUGUUCAUAGUGGAGACAACGAGUGGCAAUAAAGACCUGAAGUGGGCUGUAUGGAGAAGGGAUGGAUAUGCACAAAGUGUAAGGAAAAAAAUUAAUAGUAUUGUUAGUUGUGGAGGAUAAAUGAGAAAACUGACUUUAAAGAUAAUAUAAAGGCAUCAUAUAUUCAAGCUUCA